GGCUUGGAGGGAGCUUGUUCUGACCUCUGAUUGGACAAACUGAGGCCUGUCUUCAGAAAUCAGAGUAAUCCUGGGUGAUUUUAUCCCACUCCACUUCUCUAAAUCUGCUGCUGUUGCUGCUCUGCAAGGGGAUUAAAGGGCUCGCAGUGGAUUAUGUAGGGGCUGCGGCUGCUGCAGAGCUCCCUCAAGUCUUUUCCAUUUCUGCAGGACGCAAGCUGGACUGAAUCCAGUGGUCACCCUGGCAGCCAUGGGAGGCCUCUUCUGAACCUGCCCUCCAAAUACCUCUAGAGAAUUAAUCUGCUGCAGCUGGGUGGAGCUCUGCUGUCCUAUUGCAGCUACCCUCUACUUGGAGGGGGACAGCGAGGAGGGACAGCACUGAGAGGUGGCUGCAUGUGGCCUAAGAGGUCCCCACGACUCUGCUUCUCAGCCUGACCCCUGACCCCCAGCAGGACGCCAUGCUGGGUCCUGCCUGGACAGUGCUGGGACCUUCCUAGGGUGGCAAACCUGGCUGGAAAUCUAUGUUUCUGCACUGGACCUGUUGCUGAUGGGUGUUGCAUGGAGGAUGGUGCCAGAAGUCAUCCUGUGGCUUUUUCUCUUGCUUAGCUGUCUCCUGCCCUCCACCAGGUCCCAGAUGAAGAUACCACUAGAAACGGUGAAGUUGUGGGCAGAUACCUUUGGUGGGGAGUUAUAUGCCAUCUCAACAAAGUAUUCGGGCUCUCUCCUAUUGCAGAAGAAAUACAAAGAUGUGGAGCCCUCUUUAAAGAUCCAGGAAGUGGAUGGAUUGGAACUAGUGAAAAAGUUUGCAGAAGAGAUGGAGACCAUGCUGCACAGAAAAGUAGAAGCAGUUGAGAGACUGGUGGAAGCAGCAGAAGAAGCAGACCUAAACCAUGAAUACAACCCCUCACUGGUGUUUGAUUAUUACAACUCUCUCCUGAUUAAUGACAAGGACGAGAAUGAUAAUUACGUGGAGCUUGGAGAUGAAUUCAUUCUGGAGCCAAAUGAACACUUCAGUAAUCUGAAGGUGAACACAACAUACAGCGACAUACAACUCCCAACCAAUGUCUACAACAAAGAUCCAGACAUUUUAAAUGGAGUUUAUAUGUCAGAAGCCUUGAAUCCUGUUUUUGUGGACAAUUUCCAAAGGGAUCCAACACUGACCUGGCAAUACUUUGGCAGCUCUGCAGGAUUUUUCAGGCUUUACCCAGGGAUAAAGUGGAUACCGGAUGAAAAUGGCGUCAUCUCCUUUGACUGCAGGAAUAGAGGCUGGUAUAUCCAGGCAGCCACCUCACCCAAGGACAUUGUCAUUGUGGUGGACAUCAGUGGGAGCAUGAAGGGUUUGAGGAUGACCAUCGCCAAGCACACCAUCAUCACUAUUUUGGACACUUUGGGAGAAAAUGACUUUGUCAAUAUCAUUGCAUAUAAUGAUUACGUCCAUUAUGUUGAACCCUGUUUUAAGGGUAUCCUGGUCCAAGCAGACAGAGAUAACAGAGAGCACUUUAAGCAGUUGGUGGAUGAGCUGCAGGCAAAAGGAGUGGGGACCGUGAACAAUGCCCUGACCGAAUCUUUCAAGAUCCUGAGGGAGUUCAGAGAGGCUGGUCAAGGAUGCCUGUGUAACCAAGCCAUCAUGCUGAUCACAGAUGGGGCAGUCGAGGAUUAUGAACCUGUGUUUGAAAAGUACAACUGGCCUGAUCGGAAGGUCCGGGUUUUCACUUACCUCAUUGGAAGGGAAGUCACUUUUGCAGAAAACGUGAAAUGGAUAGCUUGCAACAACAAAGGCUACUACACUCAGAUCUCCACCCUGGCAGACGUUCAAGAGAAUGUGAUGGAGUAUCUGCAUGUGCUUAGUCGUCCAAUGGUCAUCAACCACGAUCAUGACAUUAUUUGGACUGAAGCCUAUAUGGACAGCGUGCUCUUUGCAUCUCAGGCUCAAAGUCUGUUGCUCAUGACAACAGUGGCCAUGCCAGUCUUCAGCAAAAAGAAUGAAACGAGAUCUCAUGGUAUUCUCCUGGGAGUAGUAGGCUCUGAUGUUCCAUUGAGGGAGCUACUGAAACUGGCCCCACGAUACAAGCUGGGUGUCCAUGGAUACGCCUUUAUGAACACUAACAAUGGCUACAUCCUCUCACACCCAGACCUCCGGCCUUUGUAUAAAGAGGGGAAGAAGUUGAAGCCUAAACCAAACUACAAUAGUGUGGAUCUCUCUGAAGUGGAGUGGGAAGACCAAGAUGAAAUACUGAGAACAGCUAUGAUCAAUGGAGAAACUGGAUACCUCUCUAUGGAUGUGAAGGUUCCUGUAGAUAAAGGAAAACGAGUUAUCUUCCUCACUAAUGAUUAUUUCUUCACUCACAUCAGAGCUACACCUUUCAGUCUGGCAAUAGUGCUGUCCCGAGGGCAUGGGGAAUACAUCCUGCUGGGGAACACUUCAGUGGAAGAUGGCUUGCAUGACUUGCUGCAGCCAGACUUGAGCUUAGCUAAUGAAUGGAUUUACUGCAUCACAGAUAUUGAUCCAGAUCACAGGAAGCUCAGCCAGUUGCAAGCCGUGAUCCGCUUUCUCAAGGGAGAGGAUACAGAGCUGGAAUGUGAUGAGGAGUUGGUCCAGGAGUUACUAUUUGAUGCUGUGGUAACUGCACCCAUGGAGGCCUACUGGACAGCCUUGGCUCUCAACAUGUCCGAUGAGACCAAUGAGGGGGUCGAAGUGGCGUUUCUGGGCACCCGGGCUGGCCUCAUCAGGAACAUCUUGUACGUGGGAUCUGAGAAACGCUCUGACAGGAAGUUCCUGACACAACAGGACAAGUCAAGUAUCUUCACCAUGGAUCACUUCCCCCUCUGGUAUCGGCGAGCAGCUGAACACCCCUCAGGGAGCUUCAUUUACAGUAUCUCCUCAGAGGAAGGUCCAGAGGGAAGUGACAAACCAGAGGUGGUGACUGUGAGCACAGCUGUAGCUGUGACUGUGGAUGGGAAGACAGCUAUUGCUGCAGCUGUGGGCGUGCAAAUUAAGCUAGAAUUACUCCAACGCAAGUUCUGGACGGCAGCACGGCAGUGCAGCGGCCUGGAUGGUCUGUGUCCACUGAGCUGUCAGGAUGAUAUUGUGAACUGCUUCCUCAUUGAUAACAAUGGGUUUAUCCUCAUUUCCAAAGGAUCCAAAGAGUCUGGAAAAUUUUUUGGUGAAGUGGAUGGUUCAGUAAUGACAAAACUGCUAAACAUGGGAAUGUUUAGUCAGGUGCAGCUGUAUGAUUAUCAAGCAAUGUGUAAAGUCCACUACCAACAUCACAGCGGUGCCCGGCCUCUUCUGAGUCCCAUUUAUGCCUUUCUGGCUACACUGAAGUGGCUGAUAAGUGAUUUCCUCAUAUUCCUUUUGGAGUUUAACAUGAGUAGCUUCUGGCACACAGACAACUUGGCAGAUGCCAAAGCUGUCUUCCAUCACUCUCACAAACAUAAGAAGCAGGACACACUGCAGCCAUGCGACACAGAAUACCCUGCCUUCGUGUAUGACACCACCAUCAGGGAGACCAAUGGGCUGAUCGAGUGUGGAGACUGCCAGAAGAUGUUUGUGGCGCAGCAGAUUGCCAACAGUAACCUCCUGCUCCUGAUUACGGAUGCGGUCUGUGACUGCAGCAUCUUCCCGCCUGUUCUACUGGAAGCAAAAGAAGUCAAAUACAAUGCUUCGGUGAAGUGUGACAGGAUGCGCACCCAGAAACUGAGACGGCGCCCAGACACUUGCCACGCAUUUCACUAUGAGGAGAAUGCCCAGGACUGCGGUGGAGCUGCUGAGAUCUCAGCCUCGCUGAUGUUGCUUCUUCUGCUGCUGGCAGCCUCUGCUCUUCUCCUGCCAUGAUCCUUGCAGUUAGCACAAGCAUAAGAAAAUGCAGGACAUUCUUCAAGGGAGAGAGCUGGAGCAGUGGGAAGGGAAGGGAAGGGAUCACUAGGCCAGCACUUCCCAACACCAGCCUACAACUCCCUGUCAGCUUGUGAGGACAAGGCAUGAGAGAUCCACCACAGAGCGGCCUUGAACUCUCACAAAAAGGCUCAAUGUUCUUGUAUGCGUUUACACUGGAAUCUUUGUCUUCCUCAAGAGCUUCCAGCUUGAGCCUUGAACACCAGUGCUCCACACCAAAAGGCUGUGCAAUAAGCCUUGGACCUGGAGCUUUCAGCCCUAGGGAACAUUACUGAAAAAACAAGAAGAGCUCAUAAGGGGAAGCAGCAACCCCAGGAAUGUGGGAGGUUUUGGCUCCACCAAGUCUGGCACCUCACUAGCUGCCCUUGCCAACACACAUGCCCUGGGGAUUUCACCAAUUCUAUCGCAAGGAAGUGAUCUCUUUGUGACCUGCCUUUUUGAGCCGUUCCCUGCAGUGGGUGCACACUGCCCUUUAGGAGCAAGUAAAAUAUGAAAUGAUAUUUCCUGAACACAUUGCUCACUAGAGUCAGGGGUUUUCAACAACCUGGGUUACUAGGCAUAGCUGGUAAAGAAAGCAGGGCAGCUCGAGUAGAAGGAAGUGGGGAGGCAGCUUGAGUAGAAGAACAAAAUACCUCUCAGAGAUCUGUACAACAUGAAAUCCCCCAGGAUGGGGAAAUUAAGAGACCAGAUUUACCACGUGUGACACAUAACUCAUAGCCAAUAUUGCACUAAAGUAGGAUGAGAUCCAGUCAUAGGAAAUGGCACUGCUUGAGUAGUUCUAUUUAAAUGCAUUGCUCCAGAGCUCAGGUCUCCAGAAUGGGCCCGUUUCCAAAUUAUUAGAAUCUGAAAGCUGCUCUAAUAGACCCAAAGGAUUGUGUAUGCAAAAAGAAAAUCCCCCUUCUGCCCUGUAGAAUUACUAUUGAGAAGGCGGCUGCUUCGUAUAUGGCACUCACUAAAAAGUGGGUUGUAUGCUGCCUUUUUGCUUUCCCUGCAGAAGAGUGCUGUUCUGCAAGCUCAGUGCUGUGCUACUGCUGUUGUGUCCAGCUAUGCUGGAGAGAGUGGCACCCCCCUGCAUGGCUCUGGCUGUUCUUGGCUGCAGGCAUGUCUUUCCUGCUUUCUAAGAGAAUGUUACACAUAACCUUGGGGUGGGAGAGAUAAGAAAGCUUUUUUUUUUUUUUUUGCAUGAAUUACUGGACACCAUCUCAAAACACAAAUAUACAGUGUAUUUUGCAUAAUC